AGGGACAAAAUAAAACCAGAGUUUUCCGAUUUUUUUCCCAUGAAUGCAGACAAGGAUUUACAGGAGCUUACCGCAGAAACUCCUGUCAGUAUUAAAGAUGAUAUACCACAACUUCCGGUUAAAAAUCUGGUUGCAUCUAGCCACGACUCUAUAAGUACGAGUUUGGUUGAUGAUAUCCGGAACUGGUCUACCGAGUUUCACAUAACUCAAGCCGCAGUUACAUCUCUUGUUGGAGUCCUCAAUUCUCAUCUGAAUUUGAAUUUGCCGAAUGAUGCUCGAACUAUUAUGAAAACUCCUAGAAAUGUACGAAUUGUGGAAAUGACGGAAAAUGGACGGUAUUGGCACCUGGGGCUGCAGAACUGUUUGCAGAAGGCAUUGGAACAUCUCGAUCGGCCACUGUCGAUAUCAUUGAAUAUUAAUAUUGACGAUUUACCCGUGCAUAAAAGUAGCAUCUAAAACUUUUGGCCAAUCCUCUGUAACAUUCAUGAACUUCGUGAUAUUCCCCCUAUGGCAAUUGGAAUA